UUACUGUUAAAAAUGACCUUUUCCGCAUAGCCAACGAUAGUAUUUCAACUUUCGCACCAUGAAAGAACCUAGGUUGCGGUCUACAUUGUAUAUCGAAAGAAAGCUCUUUCAAAACUCUACAAAAUGCAUGGUCAUUCAUUAACAAUAAUCGCAUUGUCAAUCGUGAUCAAAUUAACCUUGGUGGCAAUAAUGGCAACAAUAACAACAACAACGGUGGUAAAAUUGUCUUACAUCGUUUUAAUGAUGGUGUUGGAUCGUGGACAGGUUUAAACAUACAGGGACUAUGGCAAUCGAACGAAUUUAUUGUAAGUGGUACUGAUGGUUUGAAAGCAGAUAUCAAACUGGAAGACAAUGCUCAAUAUUAUUUGCACAAUACACAACAAUAUAAUUUACAGGGAAAACGUUACUUGAAAGCUUAUGCACGAUAUGCUCCAUGGGGUAAUGUUGGCACUAUGUUGGCCAAAUUGUAUGUGAAAACUGGUAGUGAUUGGAAAUGGUUUGAUAGUGGCUCAUAUACACUGAAUAACUAUGGAGAGACUGAACUCGUACUAGACUUGAAUAAUAUCCAAGACGUAAAAGAGCUUGGUGUACAAUAUUCUACAAUGAGUGGAAGUUGGGGACAAUCAGCUAUUUAUUUAGCGUACAUCACGGCAGAAUAG